CUUUAUCGGGAAUGGAAAAUGGGUUGCAUAGGUAUCCGCAGCGGUGAAGUGACACCAAGCAGUCCAUCACGACCUCACAGUUCCAUGAGCCAACAGAGCAACAGCAGCGUGGCCAGUAGUAACGUCAAUCUACGUCCUCGCACAUCAACAACUCCGCGACGUCCGCGACCCGCUUCUAUUGCCGGAACUGGCGUUACUGUCACAGAUCGACACAAUGUAUCAGGUGAAGCAAAAUCUAAAGAUUCAAAGCCACCACUGCCAAAGGUCCACUCAACUCCAAAGAAACCGUCGUCAUCUUCAACCCCACGUGCAAGUAGCACCGAGAAAGAAAUAAUAAAGAAGCCCGGUGACAGAUUGAUUAAGAGCGCUCGCGCGUCUCCUCGCAUAACUCCGAAGGCAACACCGCUCCAGAGUCCUGGUGCUGAGCAACCACCUCUGUCUCUGAUAAGACAAGACACUCAGGAGAUAAUAAAAAUAAACGACAGUAAAGAAGAACAAGUUGUUCAACACGAGAUCGCAGUGAUUAAAACCGCUGAAGACAAACAGCCGGAGCUGGAGCUUCGGUCUGAGAUGGAGCAUGAGGAGAAGAAGGACAUGGGAAAUGAAAAAUCCCAAGGUGUCACCGAGAUGACAGGUAAAGUUAUUGAAACAAUCCCACAGCUGGAGCUCAGCCAGUCCAAUUCUGUCAGUCCAGCCCAGAAAGCCGAGCCAGCUUCAAACGGAAACAUUUCUCUCAAGGAAGAAAAGAAGAAAGAUAACCACGAGCCCGCUGAUAAAAAGUCCGCUGACGAGGGACUGGGUGAGGAAGCUGUUGACAUGUCCGCUUCGAUGAUCGCCAAGAUCCGUAUCACCACUGAGGACGAAGCUAAGGCUGCGCUGGCUGAGCGCAGAAGACUGGCACGUGAACAGGCUGAGCGCGAGGCUGAACUCGAGCGUCAACGACUGGAAGAAGAGGCGAGACUUGAAGAGGAACGGUUGCGUGCUGAAGAAGAGGAACAGCGACGUCUAGAGGAGGAGGCUACUCGUCUCGCGAACGAAGCUCGUCUUGCUGAGGAACUCCGGCUUCAACAGGCCAUCGAGGACGCUCAGAGGCGUGAAGAAGAGGAGCGUAAAAGGCGCGAGGAAGAAGCUCGUCAGAAGCUCGAGAAAGAAGAAGCUGAUCGCAAAGCUCGCGAGGAAGCGGAAAAACAAAGACUUGAAAUGGUCGAGCGGCUUAAAAAAGAAGAGGAGGAGAGAAUUGCGAGACGCAAACGAGUCGAAGCUAUUAUGAAACGAACACGUGGAGGGAAUAAUCAAGCUAACACUCCUACUAAGGAAAACAAAGCAGUACCAGGCAACAAAGUUGACGACGUCAUGACCGCGAGUCUUAUCUCAGAGGCGACUCAGCAGUUUAUCACCUCCGAGCAGCAAGAUCAUCGUUCUGGUAACAAUAGCCCAACAGCUCCACCAGACAAUAUUGUGCGCAAUGGCACACACAGCAAUGGCAUUAAUAAUUCAAACAACAAGACAGCGACGCUCUUAGAAAACAAUCAGGGCAACGUCGAAGAAUUAAACGGCCAUCAUACGAAUAACCACGGCAAUGGCAUCAACUCCCAGAUUACUCUCGACAAUGCUACUGUAAAGCAGAACAACGUCACAAACAACCUGUUAGACUUAUCAGAGUUUGACACUCUGAGUAAUAACAGUGCCGGAACAAUAUUUGAUUUAACUUCAAAUAUUUCAAAUGAAGACACACUUAAUUCUAAUUUGAACCCAACGGCAAUGCCAUUCACGCCGAUGGUCGUCAAUCCAUUUAUGCCUGUGUCUCCUAAUAAUGCCAAUACCAAUCCAAUAUAA